CUUCUGAGGCCCCUCUCUUGGCAAGGAAGUUCGGAGAUCUUCUCCCUCUGUCCUUUCUAUUGAGGCCUUCCCUCAGUCUUCUGAGGCCCCUCUCUUGGCAAGGAAGUUCGGAGAUUUUCUUUUUUCCCCCUCUCCCUCUAAGAGAAAUGUCAGGUGAUCGCCCCCUACCGAGAGAUCCUGCGAUCCGGGGGGACCCCGUUGCGCCGCAUGAUGGCGAGCAGAGGCCAAAUAAGGAGGUGGAUGUGUCAGCGUCGACUGUUACAAAUGACUUCAUGUUCCUUUUUCGCAAGAAUUAUUACUUUCCGAAUGAUGUGAAGACAAUGGUCCCGAGGAGGUCUGAUCGGGCGAAUCUUCCUCCUGCUGGGUACGUGACUGUUUCUGAGGCCCACUUGCGGGCUGGUUUACGUUUUCCGCCUCCUACUGAGCUGAUUGAAGUCUUGCAAUGGUGCGGCGUGAGCAUAUUCCAACUUUCAUUUAGAGCAAUGUCAGUGGCUAUGGGAUUGAUUGCUCUCUUUCGGGAUCGAGGAGCUACUAUGACCCCGGAGCAUCUUUCACGGAUGGGUAAGUUCACCAGCGAUACAUCUGGGCGUGUGACUUUUAGAUCCAAAUUGGAUGUGCGUACCCGCGAUUCUUCAAAGAACUGGAUCAAUACUUUCUUUUUUGUGAAGAAUGAUUGGGGCUUGAUAGAGAAGUGGGGGAAAAUGAGGGAUCUGCCAUCCCCUCUGCAUGUCAGUGAGGAAGACAUAAUAAGAAUUUUGAAAGUUUCUGAUCUCGAACAUCUUCUAUUUGAGGUUCGUCAUAUGAGCAAAUACACUGAAGAAGAGUUCUUAUUCAAGGUUGGGAUUUCAUUUCAUACUGGGAGAUCUGAUGCAAGGAAGUUGAAGCCGACAUCCAGGAUUCCUGAGCCCCCUGCCCCUGCUUCAAAAGCGGCUCCCAAACGACCGGCAAGGGUUGACGACCCCCCGAUUUCGAAGAAGAAGAGGUUGGAAGAAACGAACACUGACAAGACCUUACCUGACUCUUCCCCAGCCAAGCUGCAUAUCCCUGAUGAUGUCAUGAAUCAUCAAUGCCUCGGACAUAACAAGACCAGUAAUUUGCUGUCACGUGCUGUGAUCGCAGUUAAUGACUGGAACACUGAGUUUGUUAAGAUCAAGUACCUCCAGGGAGAGUUCAAACGAAAAUAUGAUCAGAAGGUUAAGGAGGUGAAGGUGCUUGAAGAUGAGUUGAGCGAGUGCAGGACUGAGCUGGCUAACUCAAUGCGCUCUGUAACUCUCCGGAAUCAGCAGGCAGAUCGGCACCAGAUAGAUCUUGAGGAGGCUCACGCGACGAUCACCAGACUUUUGAGGGAGCAGAAAGUUUCAGAGGAGAAGAUUGCGUCGCUGGAGAUGAAGGAUAAGGAGUCUCAGGCCAUUAUAGCUGAGAAGGAGGCUGCCUUGUCCAGCUCAGAACCUUCAAGAGUUAUUGAAGACUUCAAGAAGUCCAUAGCAUUCAAGACUAUCGUCCAGGAUCACGUUGAGGAGGCCCGAGAUCACAUCUAUGCUAUAGAGGUGAAGGGUUUGGAGCAGCAGUGCACUGAGGACGGAUUUAUUAGAGGCUUCUUUAAGGGGGUUCGCCUGAUGCAGCGAAAGACCGGAGUUCCAGCCGAAGAGGUGACCCCUAGCCAGGCUUCAGCUGACUUUCCUUCAGGCUCUGAUGGUGAUGAGGUAGAGAGUGAUCUUCGGAAGGUCCUCGAUCUUGAUGCAGAUGAUGAGAUAGUAGAUGUUGAGUAGACUUUCUAGCUCCUGUUGUUUGUUUUAGUUUGUCUUUUUUAGUUAUUGUGAUGUACCUGAUGUUUUGUACUGUUGUGUGAUAUCUACUUUGACUUAGUAGUGGAUUAUCGUUCUGUUGCUAUAUGACUUAAAUAUUCCAGUGUAUUUAUCUAUUCUGAGUGAAUUUCUUUUAUGUUUGUUUAA